CCGGGUUUAUACUUCAUAGACCACCCCUCACAAGACUCGGGUUUGGCGCCGUUCAAUUGUUAACCCGCUUUGCCCUAGAACACCUGUAAAAUCCCGUCACCGCUGCUUCGCCUCCGCCGCUCCUGCACUCUCCCGCCUCUCCUGCACUCUCCCGCCUCCGCUCUUUCUCUCUCUGUAUCUUCUAGUUCUCUCUGUACAUAUAUUCAUCCACUCUGUCCCCUUCUUCUGCAAUCUUUGGGUCUCGUCUGCCAUUUGAGGAGAAAAUGGUGGGUGUGGAUGAGGGCAACGAGUUGUUGCAGUUGUUCGUCAAGAUUGGGUUGGAUGAGCGCACUGCUCGCAAUGCUCUCGUCAAUUCGAAGGUCACUUCGAAUUUAACUGCAGUCAUUCAUGAGGCUGGAGUUGCAGAUGGAUGUAGUAAGUCAGUUGGAAAUCUACUUUACAUGGUUGGGACUAAAUUUCCGGCCAAUGCACUUGUUCAUCGGCCAUUUUUGCUCGAAUACAUAGCAUCAUCCAAGAUAAAAACGUCUGCGCAGUUAGAUUCUGCAUUGUCCUUUCUGGCUAAUAGUGGUCCAGAAAGCUUCAACGUGAAAGAAUUUGAAGAAGCUUGUGGUGUGGGGGUUGACAUUUCCACUGAAGAAAUUGAAAAUAUUGUGAACAUGGUUUUGGAGGAGAAUAUGGGGACCAUACUGGAACAACGUUAUCGUGUUAAUGUUGGUAAUCUUUGUGGUCAAGUUCGAAAGAGGCAGCCAUGGGCUGAUGCAAAAAUUCUGAAGCAAUAUAUUGAUGAUAAGCUUAAGGCUUUACUUGGUGAGAGGACGGCAGCUGAUGAUGAAAAACCUAUGAAAAAGAAGAAGGAGAAGCCUGUGAAGGGUGAAGCGAGUGCCUUGGAUUCUUCUCCAGCGCAACCUGUUGAAGAAGAAGUUAAUCCUUUUCUUAUAUUUCCUCAACCAGCGGAAAAUACUAAGGUGCAUACUGAGAUCUUCUUUAGUAAUGGUACCAUAUGGAGGCCGCACAAUACAAAGGAAAAGCUUGAGAAGCACUUGAAGGUAACAGGUGGUAGAGUAUAUACACGUUUUCCUCCAGAGCCGAAUGGGUAUCUUCACAUUGGUCAUGCCAAGGCUUUAUAUAUUGACUUUGGUUUGGCAAAGGAGAGGGAUGGAUGCUGUUAUCUACGGUUUGAUGAUACAAACCCUGAAGCUGAAAGAAAGGAAUAUAUUGAUCACAUGCAGGAAAUUGUUCCAUGGAUGGGUUGGACCCCUUUCAAGGUGACGUACACCAGUGAUUAUUUUCAAGAUCUUUAUGAUCUAUCUGUGGAGUUGAUUAAGCGGGGUUAUGCUUAUGUUGAUCAUCAGCUGCCCGAGGAGAUUAAGGAAUAUCGAGAAAAAAAAUUGGAUAGCCCAUGGAGAAAUCGACCAAUUGAAGAAUCAUUAAAGUUGUUUGAUCAAAUGAGGCGAGGCAUGAUUGAAGAGGGGAAAGCCACCCUGCGGAUGAAACAAGAUAUGCAGAGUGAUAACUACAACAUGUAUGAUCUGAUUGCUUAUAGAAUAAAGUUUACUCCUCAUCCACAUUCAGGAGACAAGUGGUGUAUAUAUCCAAGUUACGAUUACGCUCAUUGCAUAGUGGAUUCCCUUGAAAAUGUCACACAUUCGUUAUGCUCACUCGAAUUUGAGACCCGCCGUGCAUCAUACUAUUGGUUACUGGAGGCAUUAGACCUUUAUAUGCCUCAUGUGUGGGAAUAUUCACGGUUGAAUGUUACCAACACAGUGAUGUCCAAGCGUAAGUUGAAUCGGCUUGUGAUGGAAAAAUGGGUUAAUGGUUGGGAUGAUCCUUGUUUAAUGACACUAGCUGGCUUAAGGCGUCGAGGAGUGUCUCCAAGUUCAAUUAAUGCUUUUAUUCAGGGAAUUGGAAUUACGAGGAGUGAUAAUACCAUGAUACGCUUGGACCGCCUUGAGUACCACAUCAGAGAAGAGAUGAACAAAACUGCACCUCGUACGAUGGUUGUACUGCAUCCUCUUAAGGUUAUUAUUACGAAUCUGAAACCUGGUAUGAUCAUGGAGCUUAAUGCAAAGAUCUGGCCUGAUGCCCAAUUGGAUAACGAAUCUUCCUUUUAUAAGGUUCCUUUUACCAAUAUUGUUUACAUAGAACGUUCUGACUUUCGGAUGAAGGAUUCAAAGGAUUAUUAUGGCCUUGCUCCUGGAAAGAGUAUCCUUCUCAGAUAUGCAUUUCCAAUAAAGUGUACGGAAGUUAUACGUGGGGAUGAUGGAGAGACCAUCCUUGAGAUCCGGGCUGAAUAUGAUCCGUCUAAGUCAACAAAACCAAAGGGUGUUAUCCACUGGGUUGCACAGCCUUCUCACGGAGUAGAUCCUUUGAAGGUUGAAGUUAGGCUGUUUGAGAAGUUGUUUCUUUCGGAGAACCCUGCUGAGCUCGAUGAUUGGCUUGGUGAUUUGAAUCCACACUCCGUUGAAGUUGUACCUGAUGCAUAUGCUGUGCCUGCACUUGCAAAUGCUCAAUUAGGUGACAAGUUUCAGUUUGAAAGGCUUGGCUAUUUCGCUGUUGACACGGAUUCUACCUCAGAGAAGAUUGUCUUUAAUAGAACAGUCACGUUACGUGACUCAUAUGCAAAGGGUGGAAACAAAUAGGCCCAUACACAUUUAAAAGUUUUCAGCAGCUUUUGAAGCUGAUAUUAGCAUGAUAGACUUAGUAUGUGUUACUCCCAUAAUUUAUUCAUAUUAAUUAUAUAAUUUUCUUCUUUCAAGUUAGUAGACAACA